AUGUCAAAGGCAAAGACAACUCACACUAUGGUGAAACUCGUUUCCGCUGCUAAAACCGGGUACGAAAAGUGGUUCAAUAUUCCAAGACAUACUCAAAAAUUGAACUUAAUAUUAUAUGAUCCAGUCGCCAAAAGACAUUGUCUUUUCCAAGAAGACAAGAAAAGAAGAGUUCCGGAGGUUAUACCUAAAGAUUAUAAUAGAAGCCAUCGUACCUAA